AUUUUUUGGCAAAGCAAAAUUCAUCAAUACUAACAUCUGAAUAUUUAUUAUGAGUAUCAUGUUACUCAUAUUGAUGAGAUCAAAAUUGGAGUACCUUAAAAACAAUAAAGACAUUAAUUUUAUCAAUUACUACAGAAUUUAUCACUUUGACCAUUAUCAAGAAUUAGACAAUAAAGUUAUAGUAAAUAACUAAUUUUUGAAAUCAUCAAAUCUCUUCUCUUUAGCAUUUUAUUUUAAACAAUAUUCUGCAUGGCUAGAUAUUGAGUGAAAGGAUUGAGUAGCCAUUCAUUAUUUGAAUUUUUCAUUUAAUUAAAUUUAGGGAUUUUGUAUCACAAUCAGAAUUAGUUAUAUAAUCUAAAUUAUUUCAAAUCGAUCGAGAAAAUUUUGUAAAGAAUUAUUUUAUACAAAGAAACCAUUAGAGCCAG